GCUCUCCCUCUCUAGACUUAUCCAAUUUCUCUCUCUCUCUAGAUAUUCAAUCUCCACCUCUAGAAUAAGAACCAGUUACACCUCUCUUUCUCUCAGGAGUCAUUACCAAUUGAUCUCUCUCUCUCUCUAGAAUUCAUAAAUGUUUUCUGUCUAUGACGUCAGGACCCAAAACUCCCACGCUCUCAUCUCCCUAUCUACUAAGCCCUCUCUCUCUCUCUCUCUCUCUCUCUCUUUGCUGGAAUAUAUAUAACAGCAGUCUCACUCUGCAAUAACAGACCUCUUUCUCUAAGCAAAGAUGCCAGAAAAGCAAGUGGAACCCAAAUCAAUGGAUUCCCUGCCUCCAGAGGUCCUCUCUCUCAUCUUCUCUCUCCUCCCUCCAGACACCCAAGCCACAUCAAGAUCAGUCUGCAAGCUCUGGCUCUCCCUUCUCAUCUCCCCCCUCUCUCUCUCCUCCCCCCCUUGGUUCCUCGCGAUGGCGCCUCACGAUUGCCGACACCAUUGCUACGCUCGCAAUCCCAGGCUCAAGAAAUGGCACUCCCUCUCCCUUCUUCCUUCCCUUCCUGCCAAUUUCUGCCAUCCGGUGUCUGGUGUCGGAGGAUUGCUCCUCUGCCGAAACGCUUCCUCCAAUUCCCUCUCUCUCUCAAUUUGCGAACCAUUUUUUGGUGGUUCUCGAAUCCUUCCGCCUCUUCUCUCUCCUCGACGCGCGCCUGCUCUCGCCGCCUGUGUUACCCAGCAUGGCCUACAGGUUUGUGUAGCCGGAGGCGCAAGCAGCUCAGGCUACGAACGCACGGUCGAAGUGUACAAAUCAUGGAUCGGCUCGUGGUGUCAUGCAGGUGAAGUUCCAGACAGACUUGCAGGGCGACUGGCGGUAUGGGCGGGCGGAGAGGGCGUGUGGUGUGGAGGGGUUGUGUAUUGGAUGACCUCAGCUCGACCCUUCAGGGUUGUGAACUGGAAGGGAGGUUGUAUAUGGGGGGAGGUUGAGGUCCCCACAGGCGGCCUUAUCGGCUGUUCGGGGCUCGUAGAGAGAGAAGGGAAUGUAGCUUUGGUGGGAGGAGAUGGGUUUGGUGGAGUGUGUGUGUGGGAGUUGAAGGGAGAAGGGGAGUGGAGCGAGGUGGGGAGAGUGCCUAGAGAUAUGGUGGGAAGGUUGGUGAAGAGAGGGGCGGGUACCCACAAGUGUGUAGCUGGAGAAGGGGUUGUGUAUGUGUAUGGGGAGUCUAGAGAGGGGGUGGUGGUGUGGAGGAAAAGAGAGAAAGAGUGGGAGUGGGAGUUGGGGGAGGGAUUGGAGCUUGGUUGUGGUGGUGAGAAGGGGUUUCCUAUCAAGGGGGUGGUGGUGCAGCCUGGGUUGAUGGCUUCUUGUGUGGAUUCUUUUUAGAGUAAGAGAGAGAGAGAUGAUGGUGCACUAAAAAAUAAAUUUUUCUUGAUGUUGAAUCCGGGAAGAAAUUUGGUUAAUUAUCUUUUGAUUAUAAUUGUUCAUGCAAAGAUUGGAUGCUUUAGGAAUCUUGAGAUGUAACAUUAUUUCACUCUUCACUCAGCGGUGAGUUGCGUAUAAUAAUUGAAGUUGUAUA